AUGGCAAUCUUGGCAUUCGAUGAAGGGACAUGGUCCCAACAUUUGGCCUGGCCCACAAAUAUCGGAGCAUCCUGUGAAACUGCCUGUGACAGCUGCAGAUCAUAUGACGUUGGUGGCGCACCCUCGGAAGCGCUUUCCGCACGCGGUUGCAGGAGUAGCCACGUCCAAGCCAGCACCCUGAAGCAAGGUCUGCAUCUGCAGCAAAACACUUCUAACAGCAUGACUUGUGUAGAGCAGAAGGCAUCUAUUAAGCCCGAGCUCUCCCUGCAUAUUUUGCUUGGAAUGAAUGCAGGCUGUGGGAGGCAAUGGGCCAUGAAGCGAGGGGCAUACUGGGAACAUCUGAGGCUUGGCUCAAGCGUGGAAGAAUUUGAAAGCUGCUGA